AUGCGGAUAGAGGAGACAUAUUCCUGGUCGUUCACCUCAGCGGAGUUGAGUCGCGAGGAGGUGUUACUCCUGCAUUUUAUCAACUGGAUGGCAGAGGCGAAAAGGAAGAAGAUGAAUGAGAGCGAGCUGAAAAACAGGACUUUCUGUCUCGAUCCGAAAGAAAAUCUUGCAGUGGUGAACGUCUACUAUGAGACCUUUGUAGUGGAGACAAUCACGGAACAUCUUCAAUAUCCCUGGUCGAGCUUCAUUGGGACGUUGGGAGGGAUGCUGGGGCUCUACGCCGGGCUGUCCUUCAUCUCCAUCCUGGAAGUGAUGGAGUGGAUAUUCAACAUCUUCCUGUAUGGCUGGAGGAAGCCUCGGCCUGAGGCGAUGGGGUCGAAGCGAUGA